CUCAGUGACCAAAUGUGGCAUUUACCCUAUUAAAGUUCUAAGUUUCAAUUCCAGUAGAAGAGAUGUAUUGUGAAAAUAAAUCAAUGAAGCAGAAUUGUUGCUAAUUUCAAUAAAUUCUUACUAAGGCUAUUUUUUUUAUAGAAGGCUAUUAAUACUAUGCAUCUUAAAUUAUUUAUUUUUUAUUAUAACAAAUGAGAUCAAGCUCCUAUAGUCGAUUCGGGAAUCAUCCUCACUAAAGCUUAUAUUGCUCUUCUAAAUGAUGAAUCUCAAUUAUUAGCAUUUUUCAUAUUUAAGAUCCAACUACCCAAUCAACUACUAACAUUUUUCACAUUUAUGAUCCAACUCGAGUUGUGAAUACUACCAAAUAUGAGUUUGUUGUCUUGGAUCAUCAAGAAUUUAGGAUUUCUGAGAAUUACUGUUGAAAAAUUAUAAAAAAAAAGUGGAAGAAUGAAUCAUCAAGUUGAAUCACAAAUUAACAAUUCCAUAAGCAAAUUAACAAUUUUGAACAUAAUUAUUGAUGAAAAAAAUGAAUCUCAAACAAAAGUUGAAACUAUAAUGAGACAAAUUCUUUUGUUGUGAAGCACCUCUCAAUGAUGAAUAUAGAUAUAUAGUGGAGUUGAUGAUGAAGAUGUUGAUGGUUAAGAGGUGAUAUCGAUUAUUUUGAAACACCUAUAUGCUUAAUUCAACCAGAAUUAACAUAGAUGGCUCUGAUUACAAUGUUGGUGAUUCUUAUGAUGGAUGCACAUUUUCUCUUCUCGAAGAACUUAAUAAUUUGAUUUUCUUAUAGAUAGCUUGCGAUUUGAUAAUUAUUUGUUAAUUCGCAUGACAUUAACAUAUAAUCCUGGCACGAAUAUAAGGGAAGUGGAGUUUAUUGAAAUUUAAACUUUAAAAUUUUGUUAAUUAAUGUUAUCAUAUUGCAACCGGUCAUCGGGCCGGGUACAAUCUAGUUGAAUGUAUAGAAACAUAUAUUUUUAUCUGGUGUGUCAUACCAAAUCAAUCCUGAUCGAGUAAGUCUAGUCCAAUGGAACUAAUCAACCCUUAAGUGUAACGUAAUUGUUAACCAAAGUAUCGGGUUGAGCCUCGACAUGGGCAGAGUGACUGAGCCUGAUGAUGUUGGCGAGAAAAAGCCCAAAACAGAUGGUCGUUUGGACGGAGCCUUAAGACUAGGUUGGGCUAAAGCAAAGCUCAUUCACUAAUGGGCCUCAGCUCGGCCCCAUGUCCACGUUCAAGCAGCUAUUAGCAUCGACGAGAGCAAAAAGAAGAAGAAGAAGAAGAAGAAGAGGGAGAAAAAAGAAGAAGAAAAAAAAAAAAAAGACACCGUCAUCGAACGGCAGACGGCAUUUGGGAGCGACGAUGCGUCGCCAGGGCAUUCGGAAGAAUCCUACGUACGGCGUUCCUCUUGCUUUCGCUUAUGGCCGCAAUCUCUCUCCCUGCCAUUGUUAGCGAGCAGACACUCCGUCUCUCUACAUCUUUUACUUUAAAGCCUCGUAACCAGGCUGUAAAUCUCCGCUUUCCUGUUGUUGGCGGCCGUUUGCAAUUUCCCACACCACCUUGUUUCCUGCCAACAAUCUUUUCCUGGCUCCGGAUUGUAGGGACGGGUUGCUGUUGCUUUUGCUUGUUGGUUCCUUCCUUUCUCCAUCUUCGUAGCUAUGGCUGCCUGGCAUGUAAGGACGGCGGUACAAAUGGGGAAAAUUAGUGAAGUUCAAGUGUUUGUGUAUUUGCCUCAGAGAACUAGAUGCCCAGAAAGCAGUUGGACGGCGUGGUUGCAGAGCAGAUAUAUGACUUCGAGCAAGCGAGUUCAAGACAGAAGCAGGAUGAAAAGGGUACACGAUCUGGAAAUAGUGACGGAGAAGUGGAAAAUUGCCUCCAAAGUGAUGGCAGUCAUGGAGUUGCUGAAGCAGGAGCCAGAGAUGAUCAUCCCGGUCAGGAACCUUGAGCAGCAUCGCCAGCGGCUUAAUCUACCUAAGCCCAACAGAAUUUCUGAUUUUCUCCGCAAGUCCCCCAAGCUUUUUGAAUUGUACAAGGAUCAGCGAGGGUUGACGUGGUGUGGAAUGACAAAACAAGCCGAGGAUUUAGUGGCCGAACAUGAUAAGCUAAUUGAAGAGCACUCGGUUAAAGCCGCAGAGUAUGUCACUAGGUGUCUGAUGAUGUCUGGUGAUAAGAGGCUGCCACUGGACAAAAUUGCUACCUUCAGAAGAGAUUUUGGUUUGCAGAUUGAUUUUAGGGCCGAUUGGGUACACAGGUUUCCAGACCUUUUUCGAGUUAAGAAGUCUGCUGAUGGGGUUGACUAUUUGGAGCUCGUGUCGUGGAACCCAGCUUGGGCUAUCACUGAAUUAGAGAAGAAGGUGUUGGGAUUAACUGAAGCAAAUGAUCACAAGCCUGGGGUGCUCUCAUUGGCAUUUCCUCUGAAAUUUCCUACCGGUUUCAAGAAGGUGUACAGGAUUGGAGGGAAGCUUGAGCACUUCCAGAAAAUGCCCUAUCUGUCACCGUACGCAGAUGCUAAGGAGCUUACAGCUGGGUCUCGAGAAUUUGACAAGAGGGCAGUGGCUAUAAUGCAUGAGCUACUUAGCUUUACUGUUGAGAAGAGGCUGGUGACGGAUUACCUUACUCACUUCCGUAGGGAAUUUGUAAUGCCACAAAAGCUGAUGAGACUUCUGUUGAAGCAUUUUGGAAUUUUCUAUGUGUCUGAGAGAGGUAAAAGGUUUAGUGUAUUCUUGACUGAAUCAUAUGAUGGGCAAGAGCUGAUUGAGAAGUGCCCAUUGGUUCUUUGGAAAGAAAAACUCUUAAGCAUUGUUGGUUACAGAGGAAAGAAGAGGAAGGUCCGUACUUUCAGCGACUCAUCAGACAUGGAGACUGCUGAUACAAAGGAAAUUGACUCUGAAAAUGAAAACAAGGUCAUCCAAUUUGACGAAGAAGAGAUAUUGGAUGGUCCGGAGCACACUUUGCUUGCACAAGAUCAAGUGAUGGAAAGUGGGGAGGUUUCCAGUGCAUACAUGGAUUCUGAUGCUUCUUAAACCUAUUGACACUGAGGUGUUGGGAGCUGUGGAUUUCAUUUAGCUAGAUGGUGCUUGUUAACAGGUAUUGCUCACCAAUGACUGACCUUCAUUCUGUUUUUCAUCAAGUUGAUGCGGAACCUAUAGAUCAUUUGCUUCUUCACUGUGAAUUUUCAUAGCAGUUGGGGCGCAGAGCUCCUUAUCCAUGGACUAUUCCCAGGAAAUGUCCUUGGUAUGGAUCUCCAAUUUUCUUUUGACUAAUAGAGGGGCACUAAUCUAAUAAAGCAGGGCUCUUGUGGUAUGUUUCAGUAUUCCUGGUCAGUGGUCAGAAUGAAACAUCAGAAGCUUCUUGAUAAGCAUUGUUGUGCCAUGCUGAUUAGUAAGGUCAGUUUCUCGGCUGUUUAUCGGUGGAUGCAAAUUUCAGGUUGCGUCAGGAGGAAUCUUGUAGAUGGCUCCAUAAUUUGCUUUCUGCUCGGAGGCGACUGAGAUUGUAACUUUUUUCCUUUGUAUGAUUGUGUAUUAGGCUUUGUGACAAUGUUUUAGGAGGAGCAGGGAAGUUGAUACCUUUAAGCUCAAUUUAUGAACUCAAUCGCGUUAUCUGGUCCAUAUUCUGUUAUAAGGAUGCUAGAUUGAUGCCAAUUCUUAUGUUUCUAUACAUUUUUGCAAAAAGAACUUAAAUUUAGUGUACUUUCUAACUUCUCAAUUCCAAUGCUCAUUUUAAUACAAUUCUCCAACUGCAAGUUUAGGCUCAUAAACGAUGUUAUUUACCCUCUCAAGCGCUUCGUAAUAGAGGCAAAAGCAUGUCCAUGGACCUUGGUGAUUGGUGACCUUUCUUACUUAAAUAUUACGCACUAGUACGACUUUAGCAUGAUCCAACACUAUAGAAGGUCACACAGCUUGGACUGGUGUGAAACUGGCUACAAAAAUUGGGAUCCUUUAUUCUCUUUUGUGGAAUGGAUCACUCCUGUAUAAUUCUUCUUAUAUCGCUUGGGGCAAAAUUUAGGGCUGCAAAUGAGCCGAGUUGUUCGCGAGCUGCUCGGCGUUCGACUCGAGAAAAGCUCGUUCGAAACUCAACUCGUUAAUAAACGAGCCGAACACGAGCUCACCUUUGUUCAGCUCGUGAAGCUCGCGAGCUAGCUCGACUCGGUGGUUUGUUGAGCUAAACUCUUGAGCUGGCUCGUUUAGAGCUCAUGAUAUGUCUUAACAUCUGGCUAGAGAGCCAACUCGAUUACCAACUUAUGGACGAAUCAAUCUAUAUAUUAUGAUUUUAAUUCAUAUGGUUGUUAAAUUAUAUAUCUUACCAUAUAUAAAGUUUAACACGUUGAGUAUGUGAGCAAAUAUAUCUUAUUUUCUACUUUAAAAUGAAAUUAUGCAUCAUAGAUUGCUUCGAUACUAUGAAAUAACAUGAUUUGGAGAGUUAAAAUUUAUUAACUAAAUAAUAUAUGAUACCAACAAAGUAUAAUAUGAGAUUAGCUAACAAAAUAAAUCGUAUGUAUCAUGAUAUACAAAAUAAAGUACCAAAUAAAAGUUAAGAUUUUGA